UCUCUGUGGUGGUCAUUUCUCCGUGAAAGUGAGCUACAUGCUGCCAGACUGACGUUAACGGAGCAAAAACAGACACCUGGAGGGCAGAGUACUUUUUAUUUAUUUUUUUAUAAAGGGGCAAUUAGUGCGGAUUGAGGAGGAAGUUGCGGGAGUGUAAUGGGUUAACGGCGGAAGGCCUCGCCUCACCUUUUGUGCGCGUCACCCGGCUCUGUGAAGUGAUCCCACCACCCAGCAUCAAACCGAGGAGGGGAAGGUGGGGGGGGAUAUCACCGCCUCUAUAGCCGCCAGACGCACAUCUUCGCCUCGGUUGUUCUCCCAUCAUCCUGUCGGUCUCCGCCCCUCCUCUCUCCAUCAUCAAACACAUCCAUAAGAAAAACGUCAACUAUCGGAAUAAGAGUGAUCCAGCGGCGAAAUAACGCACCAUGAAAGACCGCAUGCAAGAACUUAGACAUGGGAAGGAGACGACAGAAGAGGAGGAUGAAGUCGCCGUUGGGAUGGAGAAAGGAUUUAUGGACGAAUUCUUUGAGCAGGUGGAGGAGAUCCGGGGUUUUAUCGAGUCUUUGGCAGAGAAAGUGGAGGAGGUGAAGAGGAAGCACAGCGCCAUCCUCGCCUCACCCAACCCUGAUGAGAAAACUAAGGUUGAGCUGGAGGAUCUUAUGGCAGACAUCAAGAAGCUGGCCAACAAAGUACGCUCUAAAUUAAAGAGUAUCCAGCAAACCAUUGAGCAGGAAGAGGGACAGAACAGGUCGUCUGCUGACUUGAGGAUACGUAAGACACAGCAUUCCACACUGUCCCGUAAGUUUGUCGAGGUGAUGUCAGAGUACAACACCACCCAGUCGGACUACAGGGAGCGCUGCAAGGGACGCAUUCAAAGACAGCUGGAGAUCACUGGGAGGAACACAACAAAUGACGAGCUGGAGAGCAUGUUGGAGAGUGACAACCCAGCUAUCUUUACCUCGGGGAUCAUUAUGGACAACAUCACCCAGCAAGCGAUGAAUGAGAUAGAGACUCGGCACACUGAGAUUAUCAAGUUGGAGAACAGUAUCAGAGAGCUUCACGACAUGUUCAUGGACAUGGCCAUGUUAGUGGAGAGUCAGGGUGUGCUGGUGAACAACAUUGAGCAGAGUGUGGUGGGGGCGCAGGAGUACGUGGAGGAGGCAAAGGAGAACAUCCCAAAAUGCAAAAAGUUCAAAAAGGCCGGCAAACGGAAGAUGAUCCUGAUAGGAGGUUGUGUUGCAGUCUGUCUGACCGUCCUCAUUAUUUGCCUGGUGGUUGGCUUCAGUUAGGACACAGAGACACACUCUUUAUUGUUCAGCUGUUAAAAAUGUACUGUAUACUGGGUCUUAUAAUGUACAGUAAUCAGUUUUUGCUUGUGAGCUGGGAUACCAUCUCACAUUACUGGUCUGAAGAACAUCUAUGAGUAAACCAGCUCAAUACUGUGCACUCAAAUAUUUUACAUUAAAAAACAAUUCACAUUUGCUUUUUUCUAAACUAAAUAGUCAAACACCUUAAGGAUGUUUGUGCUUUGUGUGGCAUGAUUCACAGACUGUUGUCAUGUGCAUGUUCUGCAGUCUGUUUGCACAUUUUUCUACAAACACAGAGUGGCAGAUAAAUGUUUAGUUAAUUGAUAAUAAACAUUUAUGUAUGUGGAAUCAGAGUCAAAGACCAUUUUCAUUUUUCUCAUAUACCUCAACAUUGAGUAAGUUCAUGAACAGUCAACCGUUCAGAUUAAUCCUGAUAAUGUAUUUUGAGUUCAUGCUCACUGUUUUUCAAAUAUAACCUGUUUGUAAUAGUAGCAAAGGAAUAGUUCAACAAUAUGGGAAAUUAGCGGAUUGGCAAAAGUCAGAUGAGAAGAUUGAUUUUCUUUUUUUUAAACUUUAAAAAGUGUUUAAACAUCACGUUAUGAUUGUUUUUUGAGGGGUUACAUGCUGAGACUGAACAGGCACUUCUAACUGAUGGUUGCCUGGUAACCUCACAUCAACGACAAUACUCCAGGAAGUGUAUUGGCUAAGAAAUAACCAGCAAAUAACCCUGAUGGAUCUAUCAUAUUAUAAUACAUAUCCAGUUCUUAUAACAAUCAUACGUUCUUGAUACAGGACUCCAGGACACAAAAAAUGGCUUUACUUUCCUCUUUCUUACAUACAUUUUUACCAUGCAUGUGUCACUGAUCUUCUCAUCUAACUCUCAGAUGAAGGUGAGUAAGUGUAUUUCCCAAAACGUCAAACUAUUCCUUUAAGAGUUGUCAGAAACUGUUGAUUCCACAGACAUUAAAUGUUGGACACUGACUGUUUAUGAAGUCAUGUGGAUGUAUGCAUGCUAAAAAGUUCAGUUUUACAAGUUAAAUUUGGCUUAAAGUCACUGUGUGGAUUUUUACUGAAAAAUUAAAUUAUCCCAGUAUGGUCAGUAAAUGUUUUUUAGCUCGGCUUCAUGCGCAAUGCUUUCAUACUACCAACAGAUGGCGGCAAAAUGAGGAUUCUCAUAGUCUGCGCAUAGUGGCUUUAUAUGUCAGCAUGAUUCAUGUGGCAUGUGGGAAUAUACUAUAUGUUGUUUAAUGUGGUCUGAGCAAAAUGCAGGAACCAAAGUUGUAUGGUUGUAAAGGCAGAGGAAGUGAAAAUGCUUCUAAACCACAGUCACACUCCAACAGCAUUGUAUUAAAAUAAAAUAUCCUCUCUCCAAACUGCAUUUUGUUCUCCUUAUUGUUACAUUGUUACAUGUGUUAGGCAAAGUACAAGUAAUAUUUCUAACAUGUUUCCUUCUGCUCCUCAUUUGCUGCCUUGGAUUUUUUUUCUUUCUGUUUUUAUUAACACUAUUCAGAAGAAAAUUAUGAUUAUUAUAUGCUGUGUGGUUCUGGGAAUCAUCAUUGCUUCUGUUGUCGGGGGAACAUUGGCUUAAACCUCAGCCACAGUCCACGCUGAGACACACACACUACAGAGCAAAAACAGACCACAUUUCCAUGUUUUUUCAUGAAUGCAAUCUAUUACACAUUUAGCACAAGCGUCGUUAACACACGAUACAUUUUACAUACAGUGUACAGGGCCAGAGGUGUUUUUCGCAUGAGUUGCUAUUUUGUAAAUGUGUGGUGCUGCAAAAUGUUUAUCUGAGUGUUGAAUGUUGUCAACGAUAUGUUUCCAAAAGUGAAUUCUUGAAUGAAAAACCUAUUAAAUGAUAUGUAACACUAUACUAAUACAUUCCAACUUCCAAAUAUGACACUUAUUCAGUUGUAAUGUCCAUUUUGUGUUGUAGGGGCAGAGUGAGAGGCCACUUAAAUGCAGUGUUUUCAAAGCCACGUUUUUAUAGACGUCUGUUUACUGAAGCUUUUCAAGUCUUUUUACUUUUUCUCUAAUCUCCUCUACCUCCCUCCAAAACCCCUGCAUGGUUUAGUUCACUGUAAAGUAGUGUUUUUUUUAAUCUUUUGCAAAAUGAAAAGGAGACAACUGUGAGGUUAGAUAUUUUGCUCGCAGAAUCAUCACACUGCCAAAUCUUCCUGAAGUGAUCUAUCUUGUAGUUUACAGAAGCGACGCUACUGUACUUUAUUUGAUCUGGCCUUACCAGUUGUUCAGCAUUUCUCACUGUUGCUCCAGUGUUGAGUGUGAGUGAGUGCAUGCAUAUGUGUGAAAAAGAAUAUGUUCAUUUGUAGCUACAUGUUUGAACAUGUGGGUCAUGCGAUGAGAACAUGAGUGCUUGUUAAUAGCCACCUGUGUCUUUGUUUUGUAUAAAGUGUAAACUGAUAUAAAGCUCUCUAACACUGCCAGUAUGUUCAAAUAAGCUGUUCAAAUUCAGUCUAGUCUGGUUGGAUUGAUAAUUCUGAUCUGUAAGUGAAAAAACAUUGUUGUUUUAUGUCUUUUUAUAAAUUCCAAGCUUUAAACAGAGUAUAUCCUUCUGUUGAGUUCCUAUUCUGUUUAUUUCUAAUGAGUGAACUUGAGGAGUCAAUGACAACGUCAGCAUGAACUCAAAGUAGCCCCGUAAAAGACUCUCAUAUCAGUUUUCUGGCGACACAUCAGACAUGCACAGACUGCAACUAUGUUACCAUGUUGCCUACUCAACUUGUUGCCUUUGUGUUGUAUUGUGAUGACAUGGUUUUGUUUGUUUCAUUUGAGUAUUUUUCUUUUUCAAGUAAAGUUUGUCUGAAAAAGCAAAAUCAGAGUU